AAUUAUGAAAGGCGAGGCUCAUAAACUUUCGUUAGGAUAUUAUGUUAUUAAAAAUCCAAAUAAAAAACGGUUAAUGGAAAAUAUCACUUUCGAGGAAGCUAGAGAAGAAGAAAUCGAUUUCUUUGAAAAUGAAUCGCCAUGGAAAGACAAUUAUGAAUUUAACGAACGCAUUGGCGUCAAGAAAUUACAAUCGAAACUUUCAGAUCUGCUAAUCAAAGCUAUAAUGCAUGAUCUUCCAAUAAUCAAUAAAGAAAUCCAAAGAAAGUUAGAAGAAACACGCAAGGAGUUGGAAAAGAUUCCUGAGCCACUUGGUAAAAAUCCAAGAGUCGAGUUAAUCUAUCUUAUUGGAAAAUGUGUAACAGGAAUUAAUGAAAGCUUAGAUGACAACGCCGAACUCUGGUGCUUUAUUAACACAGAGUUUAUCAAGUUUAAAAAAGGUCUACGUUCUUCACGACCGGUUUUCGUAGUUGGCAAAGACUCUACGAGAAAUAUAGCCAAGUUUGAUGUGCUAGAAAAAUUUACUCACGAUCCUAAUGAUCCCAUACUAGAAGAAGGAAUGGAAAUCACCGAGGCUCAGAUCACCAAUCAGAUUAACAAAUUACGUGGAAGAUCACUCCCAGGCACUACUCCGUAUUCAGCGAUAAUUAAAUUAAUUGAGAGUAGUCAGGGUCAAUGGAAAAAUCCAUCUCUUGAUUGUCUGGAUCGGGUAUACUGUAUUAUGGUAAACUUGGUGGAAAAGAUAGUGGAUGAAACUUUUUCAAGAUUCCCAAAUUCACACGCACAAGUAAAGCUUUAUACGAACAAAUGGCUUGACAACUGCAAAGAAAAAACAGUCGAGCAUAUCGAUUUUAUGUUUGAAUUGGAACGGGAUAAUAAUCAUCCAUUCACUUUAGACAGCUCAGAAAUGGUGGGUAAAAAGGUUAAAUAUCUUAACGAACUUCACCAAGCCGUAAGGAACGAAAUGAGGCAACCUACGGACACCCUAGAAGUUAUCGCAUCCGUUAUGGCAUACUUUAGCAUAGCGUUUAAACGAUACGCCGAUAAUAUCUCCAAGACUAUUAUUCACUCUUUUAUUUACGGAUUCACGAAGCAUAUCGAAGAAAAAUUGGUGGAACUAUUCAUUUCUGGUGAUAAUGAUUAUGAUAUUGACGAAUUGGUUAGAGAAGAUUAUAAUAUUAGUAGUCGUAGAGAAGAACUUAAAAUAAAAGAAAAACAUAUGAGAGAAGUUUUAGAUAGCCUUGUUAGAUUUGGUUUGAAAUAA